CAUCGUCUUCCCCCAUCCUCUAUAGACUGCCUGCGCCAGCUGCCAGACGCGCACGCACAACAGUAGUAAAGGUAACCCACCUCGCCCGUGACGGCACCCACCUAGGACGUUGGGAUACGACACACACACACCUCCCAGCCCCUUAUAUUGUAAACAACCCCCCUCUGCCCCGCGCCCCCACCCCACCAAACCCCCCAAGCCAUGUCGUUUGGCGCCUUCCCGUCCAACAACGACGGCACAGCGGCGUACGACGGCACCGGCCGCCGCCGCUCGUCGAUCACCCAGUCGCCCGGCUCGCCGCUCGCGCGCAAGAUCUCGAUCGGGUUCCGCAGCCCCCGCGACGACGACUUUGAGGAGACCGAGGAGUACUUCACGCCGCAGGCUGAGCGCCGCGAGCAGGUCGUCGGCCUCGCCCGCCAGAUCACGCGCCAGUCCAUCACCCGCGAGCAGACCCGCAACACGCUCAACCGCACCACCACCAACACCAACGUCGAGCGCAAGGACCUGUUCGACUACGAGCCCGGAAGCGACCUCGACCCCUACUCUGACAACUUCAACGUCCAGAAGUGGACCCGCCGCCUUGUGCAGGCCAGCGGUGACCGCCCCUCCCGCUCGGCGGGUAUCGCCUACCGCCAUCUCAGCGUGCACGGCUUCGGCUCUGAUGCUGACUACCAGAAGACCGUCGGAAACAUCCUUCUCUCGGGCUUGCAGACGGUGCGCGACCUGGUCACGGGCCGCAAGCGCAAGGUCCAAAUCCUUGACAACAUCGAUGGUGUCCUCGACGCGGGAGAGAUGCUCGUCGUCCUUGGCCCUCCCGGCUCGGGAUGCACGACGCUCCUCAAGGCCAUUGCGGGCGAGAUGAACGGCAUUUACCUCGACGACGAGGGCGAGAUCAACUACCGCGGUAUCACGCCCAAGCAGAUGCACUCCCAGUUCCGUGGUGAGGCCAUCUACACUGCCGAGGUGGACGUGCACUUCCCCAACCUUGUCGUUGGUGACACGCUCGAGUUUGCUGCCCGUGCCCGUGCACCCCGUCACCCGCCUCUCGGACUCAAGCACGACGAGUUUGCCCGUUCCAUCAGGGACGUCAUGAUGUCCAUCUUUGGCAUCAGCCACACUAUCAACACCAAGGUCGGAAACGACUUUAUCCGUGGUGUCUCGGGUGGUGAACGCAAGCGUGUCUCGAUUGCCGAGGCUGCCCUCGCCGGUGCCCCCCUCCAGUGCUGGGACAACUCGACCCGUGGUCUCGACGCUGCCAACGCCAUCGAGUUUGUCAAGAACUUGCGCUCGGGUGCCGACCACUUUGGCACGACCUCGGUCGUCGCCAUCUACCAGGCUCCCCAGGCCGCCUACGAUGUCUUUGACAAGGUCUGUGUCCUCUACGAGGGCGAGCAGAUCUACUUUGGUCCCACUACCGCCGCCAAGCAGUUCUUCGUCGACAUGGGCUUCUUCUGCCCCGAGCAGCAAACCACCCCCGACUUCCUCACCUCGCUCACCGCCCCCGGCGAGCGUCGUGCCCGCGAGGGCUUUGAGACCAAGGUGCCCCAGACGCCCAAGGAGUUUGCCGCCCGCUGGCGCGAGUCGUCGACCUUUGCUGCCCUCACGCAGCAGAUCACCGACUUUGACACCAAGUACCCCACCAACGGCGAGCACUACGACAAGUUCCUUGCCUCGCGUCGCGCGCAGCAGUCCAAGCACAUCCGCCCCGGAUCGCCCUACACGCUCAGCUACAAUGGCCAGAUCAAUCUCUGUCUCCGCCGUGGCUUCCAGCGUCUCAAGGCCGACCCGUCGCUCACUUUUACUCAGCUCUUCGGUAACUCGAUCAUGGGUCUCAUCAUCUCGUCCGUCUUCUACAACCUCCAGCCCACGACCAACUCGUUCUACGCUCGCGGCUCUCUGCUCUUCUUUGCUGUCCUCAUCAACGCCUUCGGUUCUGCCCUUGAGAUUCUGACUCUUUACGCUCAGCGUAACAUUGUCGAGAAGCACGCCCAGUAUGCCUUCUACCACCCCUCGGCUGAAGCAUUCGCAUCAAUGCUUACCGACAUGCCCUACAAGAUUCUCAACUGCAUCGUCUUCAACCUCAUCCUCUACUUCAUGACCAACCUUCGUCGCGAGGCCGGACCCUUCUUCUACUUCCUGUUUGUGUCGUUCAUCAUGACACUUACCAUGUCGAUGCUCUUCCGUUCCAUCGCCUCGCUCUCGCGCUCCCUCACCCAGGCUCUCGCUCCCGCCGCCGUCAUCAUUCUCGGUAUCGUCAUCUACGCUGGUUUCGCCCUCCCCGUGCCCUCGAUGCACGGCUGGUCGCGCUGGAUCAACUACAUCAACCCUGUCGCUUACGGUUUCGAGUCGCUCAUGGUCAACGAGUUCCACGGUCGCGAGUUCCAGUGUGACACGUUCACACCCGCUGGCCCCGGGUACCCCACCUCGGGUCUUGGCGUUGUUUGCUCGACUGUCGGCUCUGUUACUGGCUCGGCGACUGUCAACGGUGACACGUACAUCAACACUGCCUACCAGUACUACCACUCGCACAAGUGGCGCAACGUCGGUAUCAUCUUCGGCUUCAUGUUCGGCCUCCUCUUUGUCUACCUCGCCGCCACCGAGCUCAUCAGCGCCGCCCGCUCCAAGGGUGAAAUCCUCAUCUACCCUCGUGGUCAGGUUCCCAAGGCCCUCAAGGACGGAAAGUCGGGUGACGAGGAGUCGGGUGCUGUCAAGGCUGGUGGCGCCAAGAAGGACGCUGGCGCCCAUGAUGUCGCCGACGGUAUCAUCCAGCGCCAGACCUCCAUCUUCUCCUGGAAGGACGUCGUCUAUGACAUCAAGAUCAAGGGCGAGCCCCGCCGUAUUCUCGACCAUGUUGACGGUUGGGUCAAGCCUGGUACCCUGACUGCUCUCAUGGGUGUCUCUGGUGCCGGUAAGACUACUCUUCUCGAUGUCCUCGCUACCCGUGUCACCAUGGGUGUGGUCACUGGUGAAAUGCUCGUCGACGGCUUCCCUCGUGACAUCUCGUUCCAGCGCAAGACUGGUUAUGUCCAGCAGCAGGAUCUCCACCUCCAGACCUCGACUGUCCGUGAGGCUCUCCGCUUCUCUGCCGUCCUCCGCCAGCCCGCCGCCACCCCCCGCGCCGAGAAGUACGCCUACGUCGAGGAGGUCCUCAAGCUCCUCGAGAUGGACGCCUACGCCGACGCCGUCGUCGGUGUCCCCGGUGAGGGUCUCAACGUUGAGCAGCGCAAGCGCCUCACCAUUGGUGUUGAGCUUGUUGCCAAGCCUGCCCUCCUUCUCUUCCUCGACGAGCCUACCUCAGGUCUUGACUCGCAGACCUCGUGGAACAUUCUUCAGCUCCUCCGCAAGCUUACCGCCAACGGCCAGGCCAUUCUCUGCACCAUCCACCAGCCCUCUGCCAUGCUCUUCGAGCAAUUCGACCGUCUCCUCUUCCUUGCCAAGGGUGGCCGCACCGUCUACUACGGCGAGGUCGGCAAGCAGUCGUCCAUCCUAAUCGACUACUUUGAGCGCACAGGUGCCCCCAAGUGCCCCAAGGGUGCCAACCCUGCCGAGUGGAUGCUUGCUGCCAUUGGUGCCGCCCCCGGUUCGCACUCCGACAUUGACUGGCACGAGGCCUGGAAGGCGUCCCCCGAGCGUGUGGCCGUCCGCGAGGAGCUCGCUCGUCUCAAGGCUGAGGGCCAGGCCGCUGGCGACAAAUCCAAGACCGGCGUCGACAAGGCUGCCUACUCCGAGUUUGCCGCGCCUUUCACUGUCCAGAUGUUCGAGGUCAUGCGCCGUGUCUUCCAGCAGUACUGGCGCACCCCGUCGUACAUCUGGGCCAAGAUUGCUCUCUGCACCGUCUCGGCUCUGUUCAUCGGCUUCUCCUUCUUCAAGGCUCCCAACUCGCAGCAGGGACUCCAGAACCAGCUCUUCUCCGUCUUCAUGAUGUUCACCAUCUUCGGCCAGCUCGUCCAGCAGAUCAUGCCCAACUUCGUCAUUCAGCGUGCGCUGUACGAGGUCCGUGAGCGUCCCUCCAAGACUUACGGCUGGAUUGUUUUCAUCCUCUCCAACAUUAUUGUCGAGGUUCCGUGGUCGCUCUUCGUCGGCACCCUCUUCUUCUUCUGUUGGUACUACCCCAUCGGCUACUACCGCAACGCUAUCCCGACUCACGCUGUCCACGAGCGCGGUGCUCUCAUGUGGCUCUUCAUCGAGGUCUUCAUGCUCUUCACUUCGACUUUCGCCACCAUGAUCGUCGCUGGUAUCGAGCUUGCCGAGACGGCCGGUAACAUUGCCAACCUCAUGUUCUCGCUCUGCCUCGUCUUCUGCGGUGUCCUCGUCUCCGGCUCGGCCCUCCCCGGCUUCUGGAAGUUCAUGUGGCGCGUGUCCCCCUUCACUUACUUUGUCGAGGGCAUGCUUGGUACCGCUGUCGCCAACACCAACGUCGUCUGUGCCGACAUUGAGUACGUUCACUUCCAGCCCCAAAACGGUGCUUCAUGUGGCGCCUACAUGGCCCCCUACAUUGCGGCGGCUGGCGGCUACCUUCAGGACCCCAAUGCCACGUCGGGAUGCUCUUUCUGCCCCAUCAAGGACACCAACGUCUUCCUCAGCGCCUUUGAGAUCAAGUACUCGAACCGCUGGCGCGACUGGGGCUUCAUCUGGGUCUACAUUAUUUUCAACGUUUGCGGUGCCAUUGGUCUCUACUGGCUCGCCCGUGUUCCCAAGAAGAGCAAGCAGGCCCAGGAGAAGCAGGAGGACCUCGCUCCCGCCCCCAGCAACCUCGGCGGUGCUUCGCGCCAGGUCACCAAGACUGACGACGGACACAAGACCGGCAUCUAUGAGCCUACUACCAACGAGAAGGCUUACGGCAACAACUACAACACUGCUCCUGUCAACAGCAAGGUUGUUGACAACUCGGACUCGACCGUGGCCGGCAGCGACGGCUCGCCAAGCAGCGAGAAGCCUUCGGCGCUGCCUGUUAGCAACGAUUACCGCUCUGCCGACGCCGACCACGACGUGACGCGUGUGCCUUCUGUCGACCACGGCGCGCCCGUGGCUGGUCAGACUGUCCACGUUCCGGCUGCUAGCCCAGCAGUCGCCGUUCCGGGUCACUACCCAACCACCCCCAACACCACAACCCCCACCACCACCACCCAAUAAAUAGACCGAGUUGGCUCCUGCUGCUCGAAACAGUAUUGUCAUCACAUAAUAGCGUUUAAUAGCGUCUCAUGCACCGUUGAACAUUGAAGAGA